AUGGAGCGCCCAUAUCCGAAUCCUGAGGACAUACGCCACCUUCACACCCUGCAAAGUCUGCUGCCUUAUCUCCAGCCUGAGCGGAAAAUGAACGCGCUCAACGGACCGGUAUUGGACAUUGUAGAACAAGAUACAGGCGUCACGCUCGCUUAUCAAGUGCCAAAGAAGAUGCUUGUGCUGUUUCUGGGUCGUAAGGUGGUCAACAAGUUUAUCCGCACAACGCACCGCGAGGACGACGUGAAUUGGAAGGGCGCACCAGUAUGUCAAGAGAUGGAUUUACCUCGGGGAGUAGCUAGCAAGGCCGCCAUGAAAGCCCUCAUAGCUUGGAUGCUGCGAGCUUGCAACUACCAGACGAUGAGCUCGAUGAAGCAGAUCCGCGUCCCCAAGAACACGUUUGUCGCAUGCUCGUUGGCUCGCACGAUGGAGCUCUUCGAUCUCCACAAAGAUGCAUUGAGGGUAGAUCAUUACAUAGCCGAGCGCCAUCUGGCGCGACCAAUCUUUGCUGUAGAGUUGGAGACGCUCUGGAACUGCCUCGGCAAGAACAGCCGGUACACCUACGCAGCGAUCAAGGCUGUUGGCCAACGGCUCCGCGAGUUUGAGGCCGAUAGCGAAGGUCAAGAGGUACCAGGAAUUGAUGAAGAUAUGCUGGCUAUGCUGAAAGAGUAUCCGAAUCUUGAAGCGCGCGUACGCGAUCCGGAGGUGAAUGAACAGCACCGCCCAGUCUUUAACACCAACUGGAUCAAACGGAUGAGCGAUAAGAACGACCAUAACCGGGAGGGAUGUGGAAAGCAGUCGAAGAAGAAGUCCUUUAAGCCAGCUGCAAGGCGCCUCCGGGAACACCAGCCAAUAGCAGAACCGACCGUAUCGCCACAGCUACCGGCUAGUCCAGAAAGCAUGGUACGCAAGUUCGCGGUGUUGCGAAUCGUGGCGGAAGAUACGAAAGCAUCGAGCAGCGACGCGCAAAGCAGCGUCGAGCCAGAUGAAAGUGUCAAGAAGCCCUAA